CUCAGCCUUCUGAACUAACCAGAGAAAUGCCCAAAUCCUCUCCCAAAUCAUAAAUUUUUAGACAGCUAGGAGAAGCCAGACUGUGAAGAUGAAACAACUUUCUUUCCAGUUCCCAUUGCUCUUCUUCAUCUACUGCUCCUGUGUUCUACAGGUUUCUUGCUCAGAAUUUCCUAAGCCUUUGUCUCAUUCUCCAGAUGGUUUGGACACUGGACAGCUUAAGAGGCUGGCACUGUGUUUAAAUCAGUGGACAACUCUGUCUAAACAACCUCAGUUUGCAGACUUAGUUAUGGAAGUUUGUACCAGCAUAUUUAGAAAUGUGCAGACAAAUGAGGCUAACCAAGAAGUAUACAAAAGGGGAAACACUGGUACCAUGGGACGGCCUUUUUUCCUUUUCAGGCCCAGAAAUGGAAGGAAUAUUGAAAAUAAUGGCCAUUACAACAUUCAAAAGAAUUUCAUGGCAAGCAAAAGCAUGACAAACCAACUUAAUGAUUGGGCAGAGCCACAGUUGAACUACUUUAUAUGAAUCAUGCUAAGGACCUUUAACUUCCUCUGAGACAGCUUAGAAUAUUUGGC